AUGUUCGUUCGUAACCUCUUCCAACUACGUAGUUUGGGGAAACUGGCUCAUCAGGUGAAUUUACUAGACGUCUUUGAAGAUGACAAAGUGGCAUCUCAAAGUUUAGAAGCGUUCAAUGGACCAUCUUGGCCUGCAGUCUCAGAAACAGGAGUCGCCCUACCCGUUCCAGUGACCCCAACUCAGGUGCUUCAACAUAUUAUUGAGUACGAGUUUACAGAGCCUUCUAAUUUCUUUCAAUCGCUCUCUAAACUUUCAUUUCCACUGAAACAAAGCGUCUUGAACCAUAAAAUUACGGAACAGUAUGCACUCGGCUUACUAUACGCGAGCCAAAUUGCACAGCGCGUUCUUUAUGGACGAAAACGAAAGAAUGAUCUUGCUUCCGUUCUUACGGAUCGACUUUAUCUUUCCUGGAAGGCAUUUCUCCCGCGUUUGCGCAUUCUGUGCCUAAAAAACCCUGAUCUACCUAUACGAAACCUAGACACAACACCAUUAGAGCCUCUCUCAAUUACUCCUGCUCCUACGACCUGCCAUGUUUGUGGGUUGGACGAAAACGAACGCGUUCCCGAAAUCCUUGUCGAAGACUUAUUUGUAUGGGAAGGUUCAAUUGCCUGGCAUGAACAUUGCAAGAAGAUGUAUGAUCAUCUUUUAGCUGAUGGUACGCUUAAAACAUCUUAA